ACUAGAAGCUAUAGCAGUGGGUACAUACCCUUCGUGUGACUAUGUGUCGCUAUAUUGAAUCCUAUUCCUGCUAGUGAGGAAAACUUCUCCGCUGAAAAGGCACGCUGCACGCGAAUGUGUGGGGCGUCGUCGGGCAUUUCUGUGCACUUGUAUGCCCGCGCUUAAGUAGUUGAUCAGUCGGCCGAGGUCCAGCAUUUCGUGAAACCCGCUUGAACGAUUCGGUUCAGUAUCGCAUUGUGCAGCUAUCCGUGAGGCUCUCUACGGCCUAAAAGGCAGUCUUCUGAUUCACCCCCUUCUGGAGUAUAGCUGGUUGGACUGUGCAUCGUAAAGCCUCAUCCUUCUAUUCUGGAGGUGGAUGCCAAAUUUCUAGUAUUGCCAAUAUACUCUGUGAUAUGAUCUGAGGAAAAAAUCUAGGUUUACUUAAAAAAAAGCAUAAAAUUGUGAGUGUGUCCAUCUACAAAUUGUGUGUGAAUUGUAAAUUGUUCAAGUGUAUCAAGACAAAGGAGGAAGAUGGCAUUCAGAGUGAUUGGUUUAUUGAUUCGUCAGGAAUUGUCCUCCCUUGGAGGUAAAUCCGCAACGCGCAUGAUCAGUACCAGUUCGAACCGAUCUGCACGUAUUUUGCAGGACUCACCCAAUGCUUAUAUGAACAAAACCCUGUUGGAUCGGUAUCACAAGCUCAAGUACGAUCCAAAAUAUGUUCAGGCUACUUACGUGUGGAUCGACGGUACUGGUGAGAACGUCCGUCUGAAGGAUCGUGUGCUAGACUACGUUCCAAAAAAGCCGGAAGACGUGCCAAACUGGCAGUACGAUGGCAGUUCAACGUAUCAGGCUCUAGGAGGCAACUCUGAUAUCAAGCUGGUACCACGCGCUUUAUACAAGGAUCCGUUCAAGCCAGGACCAAAUGAUUUGAUCGUUUUGUGUGACACUUAUCAACCUGAUGGAAAACCAACAGAGUCUAACAAGCGUGCUUUGAUGCAGGAAGCUUAUAACAAGACGGUAGAUUGUGAACCGUGGUUUGGAAUCGAGCAGGAGUACACAUUUUUGGAUAUCGAUGGAAGGCCUCUAGGAUGGCCAACGGCCGGAUUCCCUGGACCACAGGGGCCUUAUUAUUGUGCAACUGGUGCGCAGAACGUUGUUGGGCGCGACAUCGCCGAGGCACACGCACUCGCCUGCCUCUACGCAGGAGUUGACUUUGCUGGAACCAAUGCCGAAGUUAUGCCUGCUCAGUGGGAAUUCCAGGUUGGUCCGAAUGUAGGAAUGAAGUGUGCUGAUGAUAUCUGGAUAGCACGCUACCUCCUGUGGCGUAUCGCUGAAGAUUAUGGAGUCGUCGUCACCUUUGACCCCAAGCCGGUGGAAGGCAACUGGAACGGAGCUGGAGGCCACUGCAACUUCUCCACUAAACAGAUGCGAGCGGAAAACGGCAUCGAAGCCAUCAAGGCUGCCAUCGAAAAACUGUCGAAGCAGCAUGCCAAGCAUAUCAAGGCAUACGAUCCGCGAGGAGGAAAGGACAACGAACGUCGUUUAGUUGGUCGACUCGAAACAUCAUCCAUCGACAAGUUCAGCUGGGGUGUUGCCGACCGUAGUUCCAGUGUUCGCAUUCCACGAGGCGUUGCCGACGCCAACAAGGGCUACCUCGAGGACAGACGUCCAAGCUCAAACUGUGAUCCGUACAGCGUUUGCCAUGCCAUCCUCCAGACAUGUCUCGUCGAGUAAGCUGCCAAUCAGUCGUAAAACAUACCCACUCAAACGGAAUAUCCACUAUUCGCAAACGUGUAUUACGGAAUAAAUAGAAUUGUUGUAUAUUUGAUGUAAUACUUCAUAUCCUACUUGCAUUUGUUAUCAAUACAUGUCCAAAUUCUAUCGAAAUGAAACUACAAACAACAAUAAAACAGAUGGCAUUUUUAUAUAUACGUAUUGAAGAGAAAUUUAUUUGAGAUGAUUAAACUAAAUUUAUAUCAACAUACACAGAAAAAAAAACAAAACAAACAAAAUGACAAAAAUGAACAGAAACCGAUGAGCAGAAAAACUGCUUUUACACAGACUGAUCAUAUUAUAUGAACGCAUUGGCUUGGUUAUUAAUGUUUUCUUAGCUUGUUGUUUCGUGUAGGUCGCAAGUGCUCGACAUUUUUGUUGGGCGGGAAUGUGAAGUUAUGAAAUGGGAAUUCACCAGUGUGAUGCUUAUAAGAUACAUUGUAUACUGAUUCGCCUAAUGUUUCAAUCCUUACGAAUAGUUUACGUUUAAGAGAGCUUUGUUUUUAUUAUUUCAGAUGAUAAAGGCACAAGUGUUUGUUAUUCGUCGUGUAUUAGUUACUGAAUGUUAUUAUUUUUGUGUUUUAGAUUGUUUUAAAGCAUAAUUAAAAACGAAACAAUAAGUGGAAACCAAUUGGCAAUUGCCGAGCUCAUUUGAAUAAGAAAAAGGAUUCACAAUGCAAAUUUAAAGUUAUUAGCCGCUGUUCUCAACGAUAGAUGGUAAAAUUGGACAAAUUAGAUCAAAAUUAUAAACGAUACAUAUAAAUGAAUAAUAUCAAUCUUUUAGACAGCGCAAAAUAUUGAAAGAAAUUUAACUAUGUUAUAGCUUUUAAGUAGAAGAUAGUAAGCAAAAAUACACAAAACUGAUAUUCAACUUAACAA